UGGGCUCCUCGGGCUCACCCCCACAUCAAUCACGGCAGCCCAGUCUGUGAUCAAAAUCGAUGUGUUUGGAGCCCUUUCACAACACCACAGUCUUGGUCUCUCUCCAUUUUUCGACUGGGCUGCGGUCUCCCCAAGAAGAAAAACAAUAGCACAACCCAGGCCAACUACACAACAAAAUACCCGAACGAGCUAUUAUGGAAAACAAGGCUCCUUCUGGGAUCCAAGUCAAUUCGCCAUACCUGCCCCUUCAAGGCGAGCGCGUCAUUCGCCUGGCCACCAUCAGCCCCGGCUCCUGGCUGGACGAUGUGAGAUGCGAAUUGACGAACUGGCCGCUCGACCCCUCUCACCGGCCCGCGUACCAAACCCUCUCCUAUGUCUGGGGCUCCGCUCGCGUCACGGAGAAGAUAUUCCUCAACGGCAUCCCCUGGCAGGUCACUGUGAACCUGUCUUGCGCUUUGCGCUACCUGCGACACAGCACCCAUCCUGCUAUCUUUUGGAUUGAUGCCUUGUGUAUCAAUCAACAGGAUGUCAAAGAGCGCAGUGCUCAGGUCCCCCUGAUCAGGGACAUCUAUUCUCAAGCCAGCGGACUUACUAUCUUCCUCGGCAAUGGAAUUUCCCACAGGACUCCCCGCGCAUUCCACAAGACUCAUACUCCUUCCGCCGCCAGGCAUGACUUCUCCAGCAGCAGCGGGGCGGGAGGCGAUCCCGGCGAUCGACAAGUGGUUACGGACUUUUGGAACUCGUGGAGGACACGACAGCAAAGAAGCAACCAUCAGUCCAACUCGGCCCUCUCCGUCUUCUGCCUUCUUUGGUCUCUGGCCUACGACACAUCCACAACACCAACAUGGCCAUUCCCAGAGCUCCUCGACGCAGAGAGGGAGCGCGACGUGCGUGGUCUCUUUGAGGCUGUUCGGCUAAUGCUCCUCAGCCCGUGGUGGAGCCGCGUUUGGGUCGUUCAAGAGGUCGCCGUCGCCCGCGAGCCAGUGACGAUCCGCUUGGGCGAUGUAUCGGCUCCAUGGGACUUAAUCGCAAGAGCUGCGAAGCACCCGUGCCUGCUACCCGAGUCCAAGUCCCAGUCAUCAGGAGCAACAGCGGGGCAGCAGGAGGGACAACUGCCGCCCGAGUACGCCAAAGUCUUGCAGCAUUUUGCGCGUGCCAUCGUCAAUAUUGAGACCCUGCGAGCCCGUUGGCUUGACGGCGGCGGAUACCCGAUGCUGUCACUGCUACAAGAGUUCGGCUCUCGAGACGCGACUGAUGAACGCGACAAGGUGUAUGCCUUGAUGGGGCUUGCUGGGACAGACAACCCUGUUGCCAUAUCCGCAGACUACGCCAUGAGUGUAAAGGAUGUUUACAAGCAGACAGCGGUAUCCCUCCUCGACAGUACCCAUGCCCUCGCCUUUCUGGCCGGAAAUCAGACUCGGAAGAAUAGGCGCGAUCUUCCAAGCUGGGUUCCUGACUGGGGGGCUAUCAUUGAACCGGGAGACCGCGCGCGGGCCGCUGUGAUAGACCUAUACCAGGCGAAUCACCAAUGGGCACAUGUACAAGCCACUGUCGCCAAUAAUUACUUGGCCUCCGGCUUGCGCCAUAAGCCAUAUUUAGAUCUCGAGCACGUCUGUUCGAUCGGUUCCGAUUACCUCGAGAUGCAGUCGCUGUUCACCGGCGGUGUGGUGAGGAAAGUCGGUGAAAGGCUGAUCACCUGGGACAGCGGCAGUGAAAAUCACGCGUUGCAGGUGGUCUACAGCUGGUACAUGGGCUUGGACAUGAUUGAUAUGGAUUUUCAAGGGAUGCUUUCCUACAUGGCCAACACACUUGUUGGGGGGCUGCGGGCUGUGAAGACCAAGAGCGAUGAAUCUGUGAGGUUUAUCAGGCUUGGGAGCCAAGCAGACUGGGAGCAAGAGCAAGUCGACCUCAUGCACUGGUUCGCAACACACCUUGCGCCCGCUGUGGACAAGGUAAUGGAAGGGACUCCAUAUCACCAGUCCUUAUCCGCCCGGCUACACUCGUCAAACUUCUCUAGAAAGCCUCCGAGCGCGGCGUACAACCCUCAGUACUUCAACAUGGCGAUGAAGCUCGCCACCGAGGGUCGAGCCUUUUUUAUAGCCACAAGCGGCUUUAUGGGGCUGGGGCCGUCGUCGGUAUUGCUGGGAGACGAGGUUCACAUACUGAGGUCUGGUCAGACGCACAUGAUCCUUCGCCAGACGCUCCAUGACUCCCAUACCGCGUUCAAGGUGAUCGGCGACUGCUACCUGUACCCAGAGAGCCCGAAAACUUCCAAGGACACAUGGAAAUCGUGCUGGUCCCUCUAUUCGAGGGACAUUCUGCCAGUGCCAGACUUUAAACACCGGCCCUUGGGCUUGCAUGCCCGGAAUUUGAAACCCAGGAGGGGGUGGGUUCGGCUGGCAUGACAGAGGUUGGACUACGAGUGUUUCGAUACUACGGGAGUACAUGGCGUCAGUGAGGAAUUACGGCCCGCAUAAGGAUUUCCCGCGAUGAUGCAUAUUGCUCAAUUGUUCCACAAUCGCCAAGAUGCGCGCACUUGAGCUUUGUGAGAUUACAUACAUAUAUGAAAAUCAGGAUAGGCCACGUAUGUGGCUUGCGAGGUGAUCCUGACCGCUUCGUCCAAAUCUGGGAGCAUUUUCCACGUGCGCGGCAGGCCUGGGGGGUCUACCUCUGGCGGUGGCAGUGCCGCUUGCCGAAUCAGAGUUGGCUGAACACGUUGGAGCCGACGGGCGCGAGGCCUUGAUCCAGCAUCUGCGGUCUCGGCCUUCGUCAACUCAGAAUCCCGGGCCCUGUC